AUGGGUGAUUUAGCGACCAAUAAUUUUUUCGAAUCUCAGACUAUCGUUGCGGAUCACAAAGAUCUCAUCCACGAUGUCGCGUACGACUUCUACGGUGAAAGAAUGGCCACUUGUUCGAGUGACCAAUACGUAAAGGUUUGGGAUACGGACGGUCAAGGAGGCUGGAGGCUAACGGCCAGCUGGAAAGCUCAUCAUGGCUCCGUGUGGAAGGUUACCUGGGCACAUCCAGAAUUUGGUCAAGUACUAGCUACUUGCUCCUUUGACAGAACGGCUGCUAUUUGGGAAGAAGUCGGAGACACUACAGCAUCAGGUGCAGAGAAAGGUCUUCGGACAUGGGUAAAGAGAUCCAACCUGGUAGACUCCAGAACAUCAGUGACAGACGUCAAAUUUGGGCCCAAACAUUUAGGACUGCUACUUGUGACAUGCUCCGCUGAUGGUAUUAUAAGAAUAUACGAAGCACCCGAUGUAAUGAAUUUAGCACAAUGGACACUGCAACAUGAAAUACCAACUAAAGUUUCAAUUAGUUGCUUAUCAUGGAACCCGUCGUUGUCAAGAAGUAACUCAAACCCUCCGAUGCUGGCUGUCGGCAGCGAUGAACCUAAUAAUGUAAAUGCUACGGGUACUCAAAGUGACAAAGUUGCUAACAAUGAAAAAGUAUUUAUAUAUGAAUACAGUGAAUCAUCACGUCGAUGGACGAGGACCGAAUGUUUAUCAUCGGUAGUUGAACCGGUGAAUGACCUAGCGUUUGCACCAAACCUAGGACGAUCUUUCCACCUCCUGGCCGUAGCUACUAAGGAUGUUAGGAUCAUCAAAAUUGAGCCACUGCCAGAGUCAUCAAGUGCAACUAACGGUGGUGGUGUCCGGUUCAAAACAGAAGUGUUGGCAGCUUUCGAUGACCAUCAUUCGUGUGUAUGGAGAGUGGCCUGGAACGUCACUGGCACACUACUGGCUUCCUCCGGGGAUGACUGCUGCGUACGCUUGUGGAAGAUGCAAUACAUGAACCAAUGGAAAGGCGUAGCCGUGUUUAAGAGCGACGCAGCGAGCAGCGAGUCCACAGCACCGGCGCGAGCCCACACCACCUACACGCGCCUCGCCGCCAUGGCCAACCCCGCGCACAUGCCCUUCCACUGACAGCGGCAUGACGCGGUUGAACCGUCGCAUAGAAGAAAUGUGAGAAUGUUUAUCAGCAUAGACUGAAAUUGACCGGUUAUGUGUGUACAUUUGAUUGAUUUCAUACAUUUUUUUUAAAUAUUGUUUUACGAGUGAAAUUAAAACAUUGUUACAGUUUCAUCCUGUAUGGAUGAACUUUAAAAUUAUUACCACAGUUAAGCUUAUUCCAAUGCAGUAAUGGUUACUUAUAAAUUUGUAUAUAUUAUAUAUGUAAGACUAAAAUAAAAUAAAAUAAAAUUUUGAUGAUA